GCAAAAGGAAAUCCAAUCUUCUGAUCAAGUACAAAGGUUGAACAAUGAUGUGUCAAUUCAAAUGCUUCUGUCACGGAAACAAUUUUUUUUCAGGGGAGAAGUAGGGAUUUUUAUUAUUGUUCAAAGAUAUUUUAAAAAUAUAUUUACUUUUUGACUAACAAGACACUGGAAGCAUUUUAGUUUCACUAUUUGGCAUUAUUAGGUUUGCUCUAUCUGAUUGAUAGCUAUUAUUCAUUUCCUCAGGCAGAGAAUAAAUUGGUUGCAAAUGCAGCCUUGUGUUAUACACUUUUUUCUUUUUUUUUUUUUUGGCCAAAAGCAAACAGCACUUCGGAGGCAUGAGGAUGUUUCUGCAGUUGGGUCUGCUAGCUCUUGGAACUGCCUAUGUCUGGGCCAUUGAUGUGGAAAGUUCCAUGCAUACACUGGUGAAAGAGACCUUGACUUUACUUUCUACGCAUCGAGCUCUGCUGCUAGGCAAUGAGACCCAGAGGAUUCCUGUUCCUACGCAUAAAAAUCACCAACUCUGCAUUGAAGAAAUCUUCCUUGGAAUAGAUGCCUUGAAGAAUCAAACACUACAUGGAGGUGCUGUGGAGAAACUAUUCCAAAAUUUAUCUUUAAUAAAGAAACUCAUCGACCUCCAAAAAGAGAAAUGUGGCGAGGAAAGACGGAGGAGGAAGCAGUUCCUAGAUUACCUGCGAGAGUUUCUUGGUGUGAUAAGUACUGAGUGGACAACAGAAAAUUAAGAGAGCUGGCUGGUUAUCAAUGAAGAUUAUGGAGAUGUAUGAAAAUUGAUUUUUAGCUGAUACUUAAAGACAAAAAAUAUAAUGGUGUUUGUACCACGUGAUGUUCUGAUAUAUGCACAUGUUGUGUGAGCCAGGCUAAACAAAUCUUUGGGGCUGGGAUAUAGUUCAGUGGCAAGGCAUUUGCCUACCAAGUGCAACAUCCCGGGUUUGAUCCCCAGUCCCC